ACUUCUCCAUAUACUUACUGCUUCUGGAUCCUGGGUUGGAGGACCCAAUGUGGCAGCAUCCGGAGCUGUAGAGGACUCUCCCGGAAAUGAGACUUUGUCAGUAAAUAGAAGAGUCUGAAGAAGGAAAAGCAGAAGAUCUCCAGGAGGUACAUGGAAUUCUAGAAUGAAAAAAGUUUUGGUCUCCAUCACAGGAGCGAUUCCACCGGUUGGAGGCGUCCCAAUUGGAAAAACUUUAAGUUUUAUUUUAAAUACAUUUUGGCCAGAUUCUGAGCCAGAUAUCUGGAGCCUCAUAAAAGACCAAGUAGAAGGAUUGAUAGAUGAAAAAAUCCUUGACUAUGAACUUCAGGAGAGAAAUAAUGAGAUCGGGGCUAUAAAGAGAACCAUGGAGAUGUAUGUAGACGCUCAGAUCAAAGAAAAGGGCUCAUUGAUGUCAACCAUGAUCCAUGCCUGUAAUGAAUUGUGCAUCAAGCUAACACAGUCCAAAAACUCUGUGCAGUUCAUCCCCCUAGUGGUGACUCACAGCACUCUGCAUCUACUGAUCCUAAAGGAGAGACUUCUACAUGGAAAGGAGAUGUACGAUGAGGACAAUACUCCAGUGUGGAGGAAGGAGCUGGUGAAUCAGAUUUCUAAAUAUAAAGAUUACAUAAAAGACAUUUAUUCCAAAUGGGUUGAAUGGAGAAAUUCACAAAUCAUUGUAGAAUUAGGUAAAUCGCUUGAACAUGUGAUUGCCCCCUUAGUCACGGUUUUUAAAUACGUAUCAUAUGGAAAAGUUUAUGAUCAAUUAGGCACAGAAACAAUUUAUUUUAAUGAUAAGAAUUAUUUAGGUAACGAUAAAGAGUAUUUUAGACCUUCAUGUGAAGUUGUAAAAAAGAAGAUGUUUGGUUUUCGGAAUGGUGAAAUGCUGCAAAUAUUAGUGCCAACCUUCUACCUGGAUAAUUUUAUCCCCGGGAAUGAAGAUAAUCCCUCAGUGAUACCGUCAUCCAUGUCUAUAGCUAGCUUUGGCCCCAUUUCACCAGAACUUGAUGGAGGAAAAAGAAAACCUAUUUUUUAUUCACCAGAUGAUGACAACACAUGGGGAGGUGAUGUCACCAGAAUAAGUGUUAGAGAAUAUAAUAUUAUUGAAGGCUUCCAGGUGUUCUACAGCACAGGCGCUGGUUUAAUUUGCGGAAGUAGUUUUGGCGCAACGGUUCAUAAAAUUUACUUACAUGACAGACGUGUACAAUCCAUGAAGUUCUGUUAUAAUAGAUGUUCUCAGGUUGAAGUGACCAUAGGAUUCUCCAAUGGACAGUCUACUGGACGCCUGGGAAAUCGAGGGGGAUGGGACGAUGUGACGUGUGUAGACACUGGAGGCAUUGACACCUAUGGCCUGUACAAUAUCCGGGCAGCAGACAAUACCUAUGUUAGAGGGGAUAGAUAUGAAAGAGGGGAUAACUGUGGACAAGGGCUUUUCCAGAUCGAGCUAGAAUACAAAGCUUACCCAGUCAGACCUUCUGAACUUCACAAGUGACAACUGUUCUGUGGAUUGAGCCCAUGAUAGAGCCAAAUAUUAAAAGGCUUUACACACAUAUCAUUUUAUAAUAGAUAAAUAUCAUUUACUGGCUAAAUUUGGUUUUGAUUAAUUUACAGAAUAUUUUAGAUCAAGUUUUCAUUACAUCAGAAGAGUUUACAUCUAGAGGCGAUAAAACGGAAAUGUAUAUGUAGAUAA